GGGAGUCUAGCGAGCCGGCUGAGGCGUGAAAGCCUGUCAAUUCCGCUGAGGCGUGGUAGCCCGAUGAUCCGGCUGAGGCGUAGCAGCCUGACGAGCCGGCUGGGCAUAAAAACCUGAUGAUCCGGCUGAGGCCUGACGUGGGAUGGGCGCCUUCUGAGCCAACUGGGGAAAGGAAACCUCUCGAGCCGGCUAGUGCAUGGAAGCCUGAUGAUCCAGCUAAGGCACACCUGGUUCCAUCGGCGGCAGCCCCCGGACCCAACUUCACCACCAACCGAACCGCCAGCACUCCCCAAUGCUUCAUUUGAUGACUGCUGCAUUCUGUAAGGGCCGACGCUGGAGAAGAGAAGCAGGUACGGGGAGUCAACAUUUAAUUGGAACAGACAUGAAAACAGGACAAGAACAGCGUCAGAACCGGGUAAUACACAGACGCAGAGCAGGCAACAGAUGGCACACAGACAGCAGAGUUGGGGACAGAUAUGCAGGGACAGACUUCCAGAGACAGGGAGUCUCAGAUUUUUACAGUAUGAGUAACGUUGGUUUUUCGGCUGUACGGGGGAGCACUUCUGAGGGACCUGAUAAGGUUGACAUGUCUUUAGAUGAUAUCAUUCGUCUGAACAAGAAAGAGCAACAAGCACGGAGGCCAGGCCCAGGGAACCGCAGGCCAUUACAGAAGGGAAAGGGCUUUGUACAAGGGAAACCAGUUGGAGCGAGAGCUGGAGGACCGACCCAAAGAGGAGGUGGUGUAGCAAGAAGGGGGCUAACGAGAGUGGGUGUUGGAAGAGGCUGGAAGAUUCCCCCUCCAGUUGGUCAAAGCCGGGGUCAAGGGGUCAUCACUGGACUGGCGGCCCGGAAGACGGCAGCCGUACAGAAAGGCAUCAGUCCACUCAACCGACCGACUGUCAACCAGAAGUCACGGCCCUUCAACAACCAACCGCGGCCCUUCAACAACCAACCGCGGCCCUUCAACAACCAACCGCAGCCCUUCAACAACCAACCACGGCCCUUCAACAACCAAUCAUGGCCUUUUAUCCAAUCAGCCCAAUUCAGACAGACGCAAGGCCAGAGGUGGCCGUACAGACAGACAGACGUACAGAGAGGCCCCAACACGACGACACAAACAAGACCCGUUCAGCUGCGGGGACGGCCCCUGCCCCCUGCUCAUCAAACCCAGAGAGAAGCCCGCCAGGCCACGUUUCUCUUCCACAGGGGCCUCAAGGUUCACGCCCAGGUGCAGAAGCCAGCUCCAACCUCUCUACCCCCUACUCCAGUUAGAUCUCGCCAAUGGCGCACGUCAACAAACAGCAGUGGGAUCCUGACCGUUUCCAUCGACAACCCCACUGCCACCAUGACGCAGCCUGAGCCUCCCAGUGCUUGGUCCCUGCACCCCUCGGCACCCAUCAGCCCGGCCCCAGUCAAGGUGGAGGAGGAGAAGAAACCAGUACCACCUAAAGGAGUCCCCCUGCAGUUUGACAUCAACAGCGUGGGGAAACAGGUGGUUCAAAAUCAAGGUUUCACCCUGUGAAUUGCAGACGGCGAUGACUUUGAAUGAGCGAUUCCGCAUCCUGAAAGACCAGCGCAUCGCCACUGCGCAGACCAGCAAAGGCAGCCGAUUCGUCACCGUGGGUUAAGCCAACGAUAACGAAGGAAACCUUUGUGUCCCACUCAGACAGACACGCACACUGACCCACACUUAACUGAUUUGCUGGAACCAUUCAAAAGGUCCCUGCGCUGAUCUUAAGCUGAUUCUCCUGAGUGACUUUCCUCAUGGAGCAGCAGAAUGAGAUGCACAAAGUGCACUACUCCUCAAAUGUGAGAACUAUAUACGGGUGCAGUUAUUGUGGAAGAUUUUUGGGUUUUUUUUGUACCAUAAUAGGACACUAUCAUUAUUCUUAACAAUGUAUACUGAACAAAAAUAUAAACGCAACAAUUUCAACAAUUCUACUGAGUUACAGUUCAUAUAAGGAAAUCGCUCAAUUUAAGUAAGUAAAUUAGGCCCUAAUCUAUUGAUUUCACAUGACUAGGCAGGGGCGCAGUCAUGGGUGGACCUGGGAGGUGCAUAGGCCCACCCACUGGGGAGCCAGGCCCAGCCAAUCAGAAUGAGGUUUUUCCCCACAAAAUGGCUUUAUUACAGACAGAAAUACUCCUCAGCUUCACCAGCUGUCCGGGUGGCUGGUCUCGGAUGAUCCCGCAGGUGAAGAAGCCAGAUGUGGAGGUCCUGAGCUGGCGUGGUUACACGUGGUCGGCGGUUGUAAGGCCGAUUGGACAUACUGCCAAAUUCUCUAAAACUACGUUGGAGGCGGCUUAUGGUAGAGAAAUUAACAUUCGGUUCUCUGGCAACAGCUCUGGAUGACAUUCCUGCAGUCAGCAUGCCAAUUGCACGCUCCCUCAACCUGAGACAUCUGUGGCGUGUUCUGUGACUGCAAAUGUUAGUGGCUUUUUAUUGCCCCCAUCACAAGGUGCACCUUUGUAAUGAUCAUGCUGUUUAAUCAGCUUCUUGAUAUGUCACACCUGUCAGAAGGAUGGAUUAUCUUGGCAAAGGAGAAAUGCUCACUAACAGGGAUGUAAACAAAUUUGUGCACAAAAUUUGAGAAAUAUUUUGUGAAUAUGGAACAUUUCUGGGAUCUUAUUUCAGCUCAUGAAACAUGUGACCAACGCUUUACAUGUUGCGUUUGUAUUUUUGUUCAGUGUACUUAGCUGUUGUCUUCAGGAGCUUCAACAUUUGUCAGGACGUAAAGGAAAAUCCUUUUUCUCAACAAGGAGGUGCAGCUGUGGGAGUUGUACUGAAGGCCAUUGGAAGAAUGUUUUUCAAUACGGAUGUUGCUUUGUGCCAGUAGGAAAGGGUUUUGUUUAGUGUCUUUUAUUAAAUUAUUUUUUUUAUUGAUGGGACAUUUUUUUUUUAAAUACUGUUUUGUUUCAAAUAAAGAAAUGUGGCACGUUGUUUCCCUCUAGCUAGAUUUCCAUUGAAUUCGUGACAGAUAUUCAUGCUAAUAUUCUAAAAUCUGCAUAAAGAAAAUACAUAUUUUCCCACCUGUGGAGUUUUUCUGCCAAAACAGACUUGUUGCAGAUAAAAAUCAGGGGUGUGUGAUGACGUAGUGUAGACAAUUUUCUUUUAGCUUAAGUUUUCCUGUACCGAAUAAAAAUCUAAAGUUCA